AUGAACGCCGCUUCGUCAAAUGACGAUUACGAAUGGAUCGAGGAUGCGUAUGUUCCUCCUCCGCAGAUGCCUACGGAAUACAGGAAUUACGGCGAACGAACCGGCGGUGGUGAAGCAUCUGCAGGUCGGGACCGUGGCCAAGGCAGCUGUGACAGACCGAACGCGCCGCGCCGCGAUUUCGAAGAGUUCAUGGUGCCAUCCAAGGACGUCACUAGAAUCAUUGGCAGAGGCGGCUCCAGGAUUCGUGAACUCCAGGAUUCCAGCGGUGCGCGAUUCUGGAUAAAGAAGGACGAUGGAGAUAACAAUUUUCACGAAACCAAGGUCCAGGUCUCCGGCCCCGAAGAGGCGCGUCACAAAGCUUGCGAGCUCAUCGAUGCUAUCGUCAAUCCGCCUGAAGAACCACCUUGCCCGAGCAAAAGCGAAGACCCGCCGCCUCUGAUUGACUGGGCCAAGCUGCUUGCCAGGAGCGAAGAAGAAACCAAAAAACGUUUGGCCUCACUUGUACCGAUAGCGAAAAGCUUUUACGUCGAAGAUCCUCGCGUUGCCUGCAUGUCCGCGGCUGAGGUGGCAGUCUUCAGGGCAGAAAGCAAUAAUAUAGUCGUCAAGUAUCUGGGACCGGAAAGCGAGCCGCCAUGGGAUGUGAGCACCAAUCCCCUGAAAACGUUCGAGGAGGCGUUUUCCAACUUCCCGGAAAUCUUGGCCGAGAUCUACAAGAACAAGUUCGAGAAGCCAACCCCGAUUCAGAGUCAGGCUUGGCCGAUACUUCUCCAGGGUCAAGACCUGAUCGGCAUCGCGCAGAUGGGUACGGGAAAGACGCUGGCCUUCCUACUGCCAGCCAUGAUUCACAUCGACAGCCAGCCAGUUCCAAGGGAGGAGAGGAAAGGGCCGUCCUGUCUGAUUCUCGCUCCGACGCGCGAGCUCGCUCAACAGAUCGAGCGCGAAGCCAAGAAGUACAACUACCGAGGCAUCAGAUGCGCGUGCAUCUACGGUGGGGGCAGUCGCAGGGGCGGCAGCAGCGUCUUUGGCUGCUAG